CCGCUCUUGUCGUAGUUCGUACAAACAGUGACACCGGGAAUAUAUAUACUCACUCGCUCCGGGAAACUCAAAUUUGCUCUUUCCCCUCCCCCGCCUACUAAUGGCGUCCGCCACCGUCGUCGACACACUCGAUGCCGCCCCACUCCCCGCCGAUUCCGACCGCCCAUUACAAUUAGAAUCGAUUCCGACCGUUGAUCUCCGCCUCCUUUCCCAAUCGGAGCUCUACACUCUUUCCCUCUGUUCUCCAUCCGCUUUCGACCCCCGCCGCUCCGACGAUGUCGUCAGCCCCAAACUCGACCGCUCCGUCUUCAACGAGUCCGCCGGCUCUCGCAAACAGACUUAUUCCCGCCUCCGUCUCGCCCCUGCGUCGUCAUCCUCUGCUCUCCGUAGCCGAACACCUCAUCUGCGCGCCUCAAAUCACAACCAGAACCAUCCCUCCCUCGAGACGGACCCGGAGAACUUUCAAAUCGUGUCCCUCCUGAAACGGCUCUUCGCUGCGGAGACGAGCCCCACCGAUUUGGUUCCCAUCCCAGUUGAUUACACGGGCUCAGUCCAGCCGGUUGCCCAGUUGCCCAAUGUCCCGCCCCCGGGGUUCAAGAGAAAGCGUGGGCGGCCGAGAAAGGACAAAAGCGACCUUGUGGACGUGAAAUUCGAGCAUCCAAGUCAUUCUAAUGGGGAUACGGCGAUAUCUAAAGCAGUGACCUUGGAGAAUUCGCUGGAUGGGGAUAAAGAGGUUAUGAAUGCUGUUGGCCUGCCGGUUGAUUUGGUUGCUCUGGGCUCAUUGCAGGAUCCAUUUGGCAUGGAGUUGAGGCGGAGGACAGAAGGACUUGAGGGUGAGGCAAAGCUGUUAGGGUUUCUCCAGAGUUUGAAUGGACAGUGGGGAAGUAGGAGAAAGAAGAGGAGAAUUGUCGACGCCAGUCAGUUUGGGGAUACUUUGCCUAAAGGAUGGAAGCUUUUGCUGUCCCUCAAAAGGAAGGCAGGCUAUGUUUGGGUGUACUGCCGUCGCUACAUAAGCCCUAGUGGACGAAACUUUAUAUCAUGCAAGGAAGUGUCUACGUACUUGAUUGCCCUCCAUGAGAAACAAUGCAUUUCUCCACUUAACAAUGUUGAAAGUAUCAAAAGCACCCUUGAAGGUGAUAAACCAGCUACUGAUGCAAGCAAAGUGCAACAGACUGUAGAUAACGCUGUAGAUGUUACUAAUAAGGAAACCAUUGCUACUAGCCAUGUGAAAUCACCUCCGGUUAGUAAUAUGGCAAUUAAUGAUCCAUUGCUGCUUGGAGAUCUGCAAGAGGUCCAUGUAAUGGAUGAGAAUCAAAAUUUUGGUUAUGAUAAUACGGAUAGUUUGAAGCAGAAUAUGUCUUCUAGUCACAAGAGAAAGAAACAAAAAAGUGGUCAAUCCAUUACUGAUGGGGUGAUUAUGAAAGAUGGAAAAUUUGAGUGCCAAUUCUGCCACAAGUCCUUUGAUGAAAGGCAUCGCUACAACGGUCAUGUUGGGACCCAUGUAAAGAAUCAGGUAAAGAGUGCCAAUGAAUCAUUACAGAUGAAUGUGGGCCCACAAACAGAUUCUAGAUUGCAAGAACCUAUUGUUUUAGACCAAGAGUUAUCAGAAACAAAAAAUGUUGAUGCAGAAUUUAAGACUAACACUUUAUGUCAGGAUAAUCUUGAUGAUCAGGAUGGUGAGGACUUAACAACCCUAGGCAACUUUAAAAAUGCAGACGAGUCUGAAGAUCUAUUUUCCAUCAGAUACACAAGAUGCUCCAGCCCUGAAGCUGUAAUUUCUCACGAUGAUAAACUUGAUGAUUUUAGAACUACUUCCAAUUUGGAGGAGUCGGAAAAGGUUCCAACUUCUGCAAGUGCUUUGCAUUCUUCAGCUGACAAUGUGGAAGUGUGUGAUUUUGGUGACCUUCAACUUGAGAAGGACAGUCCUGAUGUGGAAAAAGAAUCAAUAUCUGGGUUAUUAUGCGUUAACAAUAGGGAAGAUGAUGUUCAAAUGAAUGAUAUCACACCCUCUUCUUUACAUGCAGUAACAGAAGGAGAAUGCGAUGAUGUUUUACAGACACUGUCAGUUGAUGAGGAUGACCGUGUUGACAAUCUAAACAUCCUCUUUUCUAGCUGUAUUGAUGAGCAGAAGUUUGAUGACAUAUCCAAUGUGGGAAAUUCACAAGGUGUAUGUGGUGAACCAAACAAUGAUGAUUUUGGGUGUAAUACGUCUUGGGGUAAAAAUAUUGAUUCUGCUGACGAAAAGUAUGGAAGUCAGUUUCCAGAGUGUGUUGAAAAUGAAAAGUUUGAGAAGAAUGAUGAUCCUAGUGAAAAUUAUGCUGCUGGAAAUGUUUCAACUAGUAAGGUUGAUGAACUAGACAUCAAUGAGCUAGAUAAUGUUAAUAACGAUGCAUUGAUUUUCCCUUUUAGCAGCAGCAGUCAUGGUGGAUUAAAUGUAGACACUUCUUCUACAGACCUGAAACAGGACAGGAACCUUCACUUCUCACUUUUUGGCGAUGACAAUGACACUGAAGGUUACAAAAGUAAUGAUGCUGAACUGUAUGCGCAAGGACCACCUGAAACUGCAAUUCUUCCUCAGGAUUUUGGUGAGGCACCUUCUAAUCAGGCAUUUACAAGAAUUAAUGGGCUUCAUUGUUCAGGCCAUCAAGAUCUAAACCUCACUUUUGGAAACACUCAUGUUGAGUUUGGCACGAAUGCUGACAUCAUGCAACUUCAGCAAGGAGGUUACCCUACAGGAACAUCAAGUUUCCAGAUUGGUAUGGGGCAAACAUAUGGUGGCCAAAGCAGUCUUGUGCAUAACAUUGAUCACAGAAGAGUGGAACAUCAGAAGCAGGGGGUAGGGGUUGGUUUGCAAAAUUCAUCAUUCAAUAGCAAAUUUGGUGAUUUUGGAAACAAUUAUAAUACGGCGGUGUACCCUAAUAGUUGCUGGGGGGAAGAGAGAAUGGAUAGUGUUGGCAAAUUUGGUAAGAAUUUUAUGGGUAGUGUUAGGGGUAAUGUUGUCCAGGCUAACAAAGGUACAAUGGAUGGCAGCAUUUGGAGAAACAGUGUGGGAAAUCUAUUGAAUCAUGAUAGCAGUUUGGCAGCUAAUGCUAACUCACUGGUGCAGUCAUCAAAUUGCUUUCAAACCUAUGAUCUAAUGUCAGAUAAGGUACCAAUAUUCACUCCUUUCACAAUAAUUGUUCUUUUGUUGAUUUUUAGCAACAGGUGUGAUCUUAUGCAGUCAACAUAGCAUCUUAUGCAAAUCUGCCAUUUUUGCGUUCGUCAUAUUUAGUAGUUCCAAGAAGGGUAUUAAUUAAUGCUUUAAGGGCAAUGUGUUAUUUUUUACACCAUCAGGAUAUCAUUUCCUAAUAAGUUUCCAUUUUCAUUCUUCCUUUAUCUCGAUUCUUAAUUCAAGAAAUUUAUAAUGUUGCAACAAGAGUAUUAAGCAAGUUUAGGUAAAUACUUCAUAAUAACUUUCUUAACGCUGCAUGCCUCAUCCUUAAAAGACAGUUGCUGUUUUUUUUUUUCAGGGUGAAGGGCUAUUUAAAAUGAACGACAGAAGUGGCAGUUUUGAAGGGUUGAGGUCAGACAGAAGUGAACCAGUGGAAUACAGUUUCAUGGGGACUCAGAGUUUGAGCUGCAGUCAGCAAGAACCGAAAGGUUUCCCCUUCGGGGUAGAUAUGGGUGGAGGGUUCAAUCCGUCAUUUUGGAUGGGCAAGGAUGGCGGUGGGGCUCAAAAUGCAUCGGUAAGAAAUGUUGUUCCCACAGUGUGCAUCUGGUGCAGCAGCACCUUCUAUCAGGAGGCCAUGCAAUCUGGCACACAAGGAGUAGUUGGUUCUAUGUGUCCUACCUGCAGCUCUAGAAUUUGACAUUGUUUUUCUGGCUGAUUUUGUGAUCGUAAUUUUAAGGUCUUUUUAAUACAUAUUAAUUAGAAUUAUGUUUUUAUUUUUUUCAAAAAUUCUUUAGGUCGUUGUUAACACCAAUGAUAUGCCUUAAUAAAACCAAUCUCUACUACUAGGACUUUGGAUUUAGAUAUUUUUCGUGCACUUCUGUUUUGUGUUUUUUC